UUUAACUAGCCUUGAUCCUGUACAUAAGAAAGCAUACAAACGUAAAUCCAGAAUUUCGGAUAUUGUAAAGCAUAAUUUAUUCGUAUUCUGGUAAAGUUUACUGUUAGUUUGAUUUCAUUUUGGUGUAUAGUGGAGUUGUAAACAGUCAGUGAAGCCGUGUAUCAUUCGUGUGCUACGGUGCGUGGAUUCUAGCCAAGGUUUUAAGCGUCCAUUAAACUUGCUAACCGUACCAGCGUACGAUACUCGAUUCGAUCCAUAGUUGUUUAGUUUUGCAUCUUCGAGAAAGAACGAAGCGAGAGUUGUCAGAGUGGAAGCAAUUACUAAAAAUGCCCCAGGAAAUAAAGCGCGAGCGUAAAAAUACACAGUCAAUGAUGCGCCCGAAAUCUAUUCACUGGAAUGAAGCACCCUUAUCUCCCUGUCCCAUCCCGGAUAUCAGUGACGAUGAGCUGGUGUCUAUAACGGUGCGUGAUCUAAAUCGUACACUGAAAAUGCGAGGAUUAACCCGCGAGGAAAUUGUUCGCAUGAAGCAACGGCGUCGUACGCUGAAAAAUCGGGGAUAUGCUGCCAGUUGCCGCAUCAAGCGCAUUGAACAGAAGGAUGAGUUGGAGACCGAAAAGUCGCAAGAAUGGCGUGAUAUGGAGCUAAUGCACGAGGAAACGGGCCGACUGCAGGACGAGGCAGAUUCGCUGCGAAACAAAUAUGAGGCAUUGCGGAAAUUUGCUAUUUCGAAAAAGAUACCACUACCACCAGAACUUGACGUGCUGUAAAUUAAAGCCAGUUCGGUGCAGAUGUAAUGUAUGUAACACGAUUCCAAUUAUCUUUUUUGUUUAGUGUAUUCCCCUAAAUAUAAGAACAUUUAAAAUCUCUUUCAUAAUAAACUUCCAAUAGCGUUG